CUGACAAGCUGUUUCAGUAUGAAGAAGGAGCAGUUUUGAUGGCGGACACUUCCUGUGUCGGUUGUCUCAGCAUGAAGAAGGAGCAGGUGUUGAACUGUCAGUUCCCCGUGUGGUACCCGAGAUUCAAGAAACUCAGUAUAAGAAGUGUUACAAUCCCUUUGCCAGAAGAUGUAAAGGACUAUUUACUUGAUGACGGUACUCUAGUGGUUUCUGGAAGGUCAGAAUCUCCAACUUGUUGCCAAACAGACUACAACAGUAAUGACGAAGAUGAGGUCCAGUGGUCAGAUGAUGAAAAUACAACAACUCUGACGGCACCAGAAUUCCCUGAAUUUUCAAUAAAGGUUCAGGAAGCUAUUAAUUCCCUGGGAGGCAGCGUCUUUCCAAAACUUAACUGGAGCUCUCCUAGGGACGCCUACUGGAUCGCACUGAACAGCUCUCUGAAAUGCAAAACCUUGAGCGACAUCUUUCUACUUUUCAAGAGUUCUGACUUUGUUACCCACGACUUCACUCAGCCGUUCUUCCGGAUGCUGACUCGAGGUCGAUUACAGAGGGCUGCCCUCCUGAGGUCAGGUAUUUCCCAAAGGGACUACACACAGUAUUAUGAUCACAUUUGUAAGCAGGAAGAAGAUAUCUGUAGAUCAAUCCAGGAUUUCUUUAAAAAACAUAUUCAGUACAACUUCCUAGAUGAAGACUAUGUUCUUGAUGUAUACAGAGACAGCCAAGGUAAGAUCUGGUUAAUUGAUUUUAACCCAUUUGGAGAAGUAACUGACUCAUUGCUGUUUACGUGGGAAGAACUAACGAUUGGUAGAAACCUGAGUGGAGCUAAUGGUGAAGCAGAGGCCGUGGAACCGGAUUGUCCUGCAUUCCGAUAUACAACUAGUGAGGUCACAGUGCAGCCCAGCCCCUAUUUAAGCUACAGAUUGCCAAAGGAUUUUGUGGAUCUUUCUACAGGAGAAGAUGCCCACAAGCUCAUUGACUUCCUUAAACUGCAGGAUAAGAACCAGCGUGAAGGAGAUUCUGAUGACUAGACCUAUUCUUUAAUUUUUGAUGACUUUUGGGUCGCCCCCUGUUCUGUAUUUCUUGCACGUAGCCAUGAUGUGUGAAUUUAUCAUGCUGGUGACGGCGACCAUAUUCCCUUUUGGUUUAUACAUCUGUCUCCGAAUGCUGAGGGAUCAAUACAAACAUCACUAUAAACCCAAUCAAAAACUGACUUUAUGGUUGCUACGGCUGUAGAAAUGAAUUUGUUUUUCCUUAGAAAUCUGUAUUUAAAAGGACAUUGGAAUUUAACUGUUUAAAUACACUUUUUUAUACAUGACAAAGAAGAGAGACCAUUCUCUAGGGCUUCUCAAUGUUACUGAUUGUUUUGAAUGGAGGUAAAUUAAAAAUCAUUAAUAGAUUAUGCAUUCAGAAGUAUUUUGGAAUGUGAUAAAUACAAAUAUACUGGUUUCCUCCUCUUUAUAUCUUAUCUACCAUAGCUGUAUAUGAUGAAUAAACCUACCUUUUUAUGUGACAA